AUGUCCAAGCCCACUCUCUGGCUUCGCUGCGAAAAGAAAGAAAAGCUCAUCGAUGCCGGUUUAAUUUUCGUCGAACAGGGUAAGCAACGGAUUGUUAAUGAUUCUGAAUACGAAGCGUUACUGCAGAUAUUGUUGUUGGAUGUAAUGGACAACAAUACUUGGCCAACGCUACCGGUUGGCGUCCCAAUCAUUGGAUUGAAGGCGCUCCCCGAGUCCACCGACCCUAUCCCAUAUAGUCAUAUCCAGUUUUCGAACUGCUACAAGCGACAAGAAAUGGUUCCUGAAAAUGGUCGUCGGAUUGCGGCCUUUGAUUAUCAUACUGGCUUCGCAGGGGCAGCUACCCGCGUUCUCGCGGUCGCAUCACAGAGAAGGGGCGAAAAACUUGGGCAUCUCGUGUUUUUCGAGAAUGAAGACGCCAUGAUUAAUGCCGUAAAGACUGCCUUAGGUGGUAGUGGCAAAGGUGUCAAGGUCCUGAUCAUUGGCGCUCUGGGAAGAUGUAGACCCCGCACUGUUGACCUGGACGACAUUCUCAAGUGGGACAUGGGGGAAACUGCAAAGGGUGGCCCCUUCUCUGAGAAUCUUGAUGUCGACAUCUUCGUCAAUCGCAUCUCUCUCAAUUCCAAGGGGCCCCCUCUCAUCUCCGUAGGAAAAGGAUUGCGGCUGUCGACAGUCGUCGAUGUCAGCUGCGAUACUACGAACUUUUUCAACUCGAUUCCCAUAUACAUAAUUAACACAACAUUCUUUUCGCCCAGAGUAUCUGUCGACGUCCAAUUAUUGUACCUUGACCAGUUAACAUUUCCAGGACUGAAAAUCCGCCACUGUCAGUGGUUAUCUGUCGAUCACCUCCCUUCCUUGCUUCCACGGGAAGCCUCGGCGCAGUUCAGCUCGGCCGUUUUUCCCUCCUUGCUCCAGCGUCCUGACCGGAGAAUGCACAAGUAUGGACUGAAGCCAAGGCGCUUUUCGACAAGAAUUCUCCGACAGCGUCGGAGAGGCUAAGCUGUAGAUACUUGAGACGAUUUUAGUAGCCUUUGGGCAAUGACAU